CGCAGGACAGCACAGGUUCCUGUCUGCGCUGGCUGCGGCCUGGCUCUGAGAGGAGGGGCGGCCCCGGCCCCGGCGGCGCAGGACUAUGGACCCGGCCGAGGCCGUGCUGCAGGAGAAGGCCAUCAAGUUCAUGCCCCGAAUACACAUGCCAAAAGAUGGAUUCCAACUUAUAUCUUCUGGAUACCAAGCAUGGCUAAAGCAGUGCUCUAUGGCCCAGAUCUCUGUGGCUGGGCUGCUCCAGCCUGGCGGACAGCAUGCCUCGCUGCGAUGCCUGUAUAACCAGGCUGGCGCACUCCCAGCUUUCAAGAAUUCCUCUGAGAGAGAAGACUGUAAUAAUGAUGAGCCCCCUAGGAAGAUCAUUCCUGAGAAGAAUUCACUUAGACAGACCUACAACAGCUGUGCCAGACUGUGCUUAAACCAGGAAACGGUAUGUCUAGGAAGCACUGCUAUGAAGACUGAAAAUUGUGUGGCCAAAACAAAACUUGCCAAUGGCACUUCCAGUAUGAUUGUGCCCAAGCAAAGAAAACUGUCUGCAAGCUAUGAGAAAGAGAAGGAACUCUGUGUCAAGUAUUUUGAACAGUGGUCUGAGUCUGACCAGGUGGAGUUUGUGGAGCACCUCAUCUCCCAGAUGUGUCACUACCAGCAUGGACAUAUAAACUCAUACCUCAAACCCAUGUUACAGCGGGACUUCAUCACUGCACUGCCAGCUCGAGGAUUGGAUCACAUUGCUGAGAACAUUCUGUCAUACCUGGAUGCCAAAUCAUUGUGUGCUGCUGAGCUGGUGUGCAAGGAGUGGUACCGAGUCACAUCGGAUGGCAUGCUGUGGAAGAAGCUCAUUGAGAGAAUGGUCAGGACAGACUCCUUAUGGAGGGGUUUGUCAGAGAGGAGAGGAUGGGGACAGUAUCUAUUUAAAAAUAAACCUCCUGAUGGGACUGCACCACCCAACUCCUUCUACAGAGCACUUUACCCAAAAAUUAUACAGGACAUAGAGACAAUAGAAUCAAACUGGCGUUGUGGAAGGCACAGUUUACAGAGGAUCCACUGUCGAAGUGAGACAAGCAAAGGGGUUUAUUGUUUACAGUAUGAUGAUCAGAAGAUAGUAAGUGGCCUACGAGACAACACUAUUAAGAUCUGGGAUAAGAAUACAUUAGAAUGCAAGCGAAUUCUCACCGGACACACAGGUUCUGUCCUGUGCCUCCAGUACGAUGAAAGGGUGAUCAUUACUGGAUCUUCAGACUCAACAGUCAGGGUGUGGGACGUGAAUGCAGGCGAGAUGCUGAAUACACUGAUUCAUCACUGCGAAGCAGUGCUGCACCUCCGCUUCAACAACGGCAUGAUGGUGACAUGUUCCAAAGACCGUUCCAUUGCUGUGUGGGACAUGGCUUCACCAACAGACAUCACCUUGAGGAGGGUGCUAGUGGGGCACCGAGCUGCCGUCAACGUAGUGGACUUUGAUGACAAGUACAUUGUAUCAGCAUCAGGUGACAGAACUAUAAAGGUAUGGAACACAAGUACCUGUGAAUUUGUGCGCACCUUAAAUGGCCACAAACGAGGCAUCGCGUGUCUGCAGUACAGAGACAGGCUGGUAGUGAGCGGCUCUUCAGAUAAUACUAUCAGGCUGUGGGAUAUUGAGUGUGGGGCAUGUUUACGAGUACUGGAAGGCCAUGAAGAGUUGGUGAGAUGCAUACGCUUUGAUAACAAGAGAAUUGUCAGCGGGGCAUAUGAUGGGAAAAUUAAAGUAUGGGAUCUUGUGGCUGCUUUAGACCCCCGUGCUCCAGCAGGGACUCUUUGCCUACGAACACUUGUGGAGCAUUCUGGAAGAGUCUUUCGACUUCAGUUUGAUGAGUUCCAGAUCGUCAGCAGCUCACAUGAUGACACCAUCCUCAUCUGGGAUUUUCUGAAUGACCCAGCUGCUCAAGCAGAAUCUACUCGUUCCCCGUCCAGAACGUACACCUACAUCUCAAGAUAAAUAACACUACACUGUACCUCACACUCGCACAGGACUCAUUUAAGCUGCAGUAUUUAAAUUAUCUGCCAAUGCCAGGACAAAAGAACUAUCCACGUAACCAAUACUUGCUGAAGAGAGGCUCUCAGAUUGUUUCUGGAACAAAGUUGGCAUGCGGUUGAUCUCAGACAGGGUCUACUCAGCGUGGCUGACUGCUAAAGUGCUGCUAUAUCAGAAGAUGACUUUUAUCUUUCAUGAACAGUUAACAUUUUUAAGUCUUUCCAUCCCUUUCCUCCCUUGUCCCCUUCUUCCUGUUCACUCCUCUUCCCUUUCCCCUGUUUGGUUCCCCUCCAAACCCAGUCACAGGUGUCCUAUGAAUAUAUUUAAGAUGUUGCCAGAAUGUGUUGCUUUGCUGUUAAGCAGAAGACUUAUAGCCACAGUGCACCCUGCUGAGAGAGUCACUUCAGGGUGGGUGGGAGGGUGGGUGAGAAGGAGGCUGCUUCUUUUGGACUGAAAUUAAUAUCCAUUGCUAGGUCUUUGAAAAAGCAUUCGGCCCUGAAGAGCAACAGAAACACAACAGCCAGACCAGCCCCCCACCCUGAUUUCCCUGUGGCUUUUGGCUGGUCUGACUGUAGACCUAUUUUUGUGGUGAGAGGACCCUUGAAAUUUGACUAUCUUGAGCCAAAUCCAUCUCUCCUCUCCUGCCUGCUCUGCUAACUCUUUGGAAGCUGAAUGUGUAUUGUAGUUUCUCUUAACAUCUGCUUGGCUGGGGAAUGCUAGUAAAUUAAAAGUUAAACUCUCUUCUGCCAAAGUCCCAAGCAUGAUGAACUGGGGCUGAGAUCCUGUCCACCCCUGCCCCAGGUGAAACGUUGGCCCAGGACACUAUUUCAGUACCAAAUGGGAUUAUCUGCACCAUCUUCCUUUUGCAGCUCUCCCUGAAGAUAAUGUCCUGCUGAUAGCUUACAAAUAAUUCUGUAAAUUGGAGGAAAUUUGGGGCUGGGGUGAGGGGGAAAGGUGGACAUUGCUUCUCUCUUUCCAUUCCUUCUCUCCUCAGAGAGGCUGUAGCUGAGUGCUGGAAGAGGGAGCUGCUAAAAACCUUGUGGACCUCUGAAGAUCCAGCCACCCUAGAGUGGAGACACUGCACAAACAGGCCAUGACAAUAAGAUUUUGCUCACAAAAGCACUAAUGGGGCACAAUCCCUUAGUGAUGGCAGGUGAGUGAAAUGAGUAUGGCCAUGAGUACAGGUAGCAGUGGCUCCAGGCCAAUUGUGCAGCAUUUCUGAGGCUGGUCUUGCUAGAAAGCCUUCAGAGGGAAAACCUUUGGUGUGCUUCUCUAACCUACGUGCAUGCUGCAUUGCCAUUUAUGGACAUAGGCUGAUUAGUCCCUUUGCUGUUAGCUGAGCUGGAUCUUUGCUUUCUAACUGAGACUUUUCCAAAUUGCUAUUGUUUAGAAGAUAAACAUAGCCCUCAAGAUGAGGGACAUGAGAAACAAUUCUGCAUAUCUUUGAAAUAGGCAGGGAAGUUUUGGGGAAAACAGCUGUUUUUACAGAGGUAGAAAGAAUUGCAGCAGGCCUGCAUUUGGAUCAGGAAAGACUGUAAAGCAGUCCCUGACCAUUCCAAGUUUGGGCCCUGCCUUAGUGGGGAGUUGCACCAAUCCCACGGUAGGAAAUCACAGCCCUUCAUCUCUGGGCUGGAGGGGGUUUAAACAGGCUUUGUUAAAACCUUCUGAACUUGGAACUUGGCAGAUGGGAAAUUUUUUUAAGCUAUUCUCAUCAACUUCAAUUUGCUGGGGAAGCAGUUGCAUUUUUUCUAAUUGUUUGGGAUGCGUUUUUUCCACCAAUGAAGUUGUGCAAGGAGUGAGGCCAAGAGUCCUUGAAGAGUAGUCCAGAGUGCUCAAAUCAUUGUGGUGACAACUAAGACAAACAGGAAGGCAAUGGGCUUCUAGAGGAAGGGAAAGCUGGUGCUUGGGGAGUACCUAGUGCAAUUCCUGAAGUAUGUGUGCAGCAGUGUUGAGCACUCAGCUCUCCUUAUUUUCACUGAGUUUAGAAACUACAUCAGUUCUGAAAUGCAUCUCAGAACUUGUGGUGACACUCCUACUUUCUAUUUGGACUACUGUUGUAAAAGAAUCAAACAUGUUAACAUCUUGACACUGCUCAGGUAACACUGAAAGUGUGAUUUUUCUCUGCAGAGUCAUGUAUGUUCUGGGUCACUUUGAUAAGUUCAUCCACAACUAAUUUUGGCACUACUUUUAAGUCUAGGAAGGCUGUUAUGGAUUUCAAGCAUCUCCUUAUUAGACAUACUGCAGUCCCAAAGCCAGAGUGGCAAGGGAGCAGACAAUCAAAGUUUACAUCCCAAACUGUGCUGAGUUGAAGUUCUGAGUCUUAAUGUUAUUUAAACACUGUUCCUCUUAAGUUCAGUUAUUACCAGAUCUGCAGCAUUUUUUGUAUAUGAGCAGGAAUUCAUAUGACCUUGGCUGCAGAUUUAACAAUUAGUUUCCUCAGUUUGGUCAUCCUCUGUCUUUUACAUUUAGGUUAUUUUAAAAAACAGUGACCUCUGAAGGCUGCAGAACUUCCUAAUAUUUUAAUUGCAUCAUUGUGGGCAAUACCUGGAAGGAUGCAUUUUAUUUUGCUAGUUGAGAGAAUUUGGGAGAACUGGAAAACACCAUUGCAGAUUGUCCUUCACUGUCAUAGCCCUGCUGCUCCAUGCUGCUGUUCUGUAACUUCUAAGCACUGUUAGGCCUUCAAGUGGUACCAUAGUUUCAACUCUGCUGGGUAGAGCUGUUUAAGGUACAGUUAGAGAGCAACAGCUGAAAUAUCGUUUUGGCACAUGGUAAGAGCAGUGUCUUACCCUCAAGAAGGGACUGUGUCUGGGUACUUCAUACAGAACUGUAGAAGGGUGAGGAUUCCUACCACACUCCCCAAGUUGUACAAAUUUUCUGAUAGCUAAGAAGGAAACUGAAGUUAACUGAUCUAACUUGAACUUGAAACUGCCACAGCCUGACAUUUGAUGGUGUUCAUUGUGCACCCAGGGAGGAGCAAUCUGGUAAGUAGAUCUCCCAAUGUCAGAAGAAAGUGGCUUUUUCAAAUUUCCCCCCUUAGGAUAUUUGUAUGUGUGUGUAUGAGUGUUCACGAGUGCAUGUGAGAGAGGUUUCAGCAUGAAUUGGAUGGAUAAUCCUUCAGCCAGGUUGGAGUAAUUGCAAAGUUUAUUAUGAAAAGAACUAGCACGUGCCUGCUGAAAGGAGAUAAAAAAGAUCUGAAAGUGUCUGUGGGCUUUAAGUGUUGCACAUCGCUUUGAAAUGAGAUGAAAUGAAAUGAAAUACCUCUGCUGCGUAGAGAUCGGCACUUCUCCCACAAGUAGGAAGCUCACACAAGGCUUCCCCCUCGGACUAUGGGAUGGAAAGUACUGGAGGUGUGGGACAUUCAGAGCAGGACAAUCUGUUAUGGCCACACCAUCUCCUGCUUGUGACUCCUUUGCAAUAGGGCACAGUUCUGCUGCAUAUAUUUCUCAUCCUCAGAGGAAUACAGCUUGCUUUAAAAUAUGCAAAUAGAAAAUGACAUGAAGGAAUUUGCAUCAAGAAAAUGUUUAUGACUGUUUCCUCUGGAGCAGCUCUCUGUGCUCCCUGUUGACAUUCAGGGACAGACAUGUCCACUGUUGGAACAGAAGGAUUCAUGUGACAAGCCUGUGUCAGGAUUCACAUUGAGAAGUCUGUGAUCAUCGGAAAUACUGAAAUGCUUUACGCUUGUUUCUAAACUGGAAGCUGGCUUGGACCACCAUGCUAUAUGUGCCCGCCACCUGCUCCUGCUCCAAAGGAUCCUUUUUUUCUUUUUCCUAAUUUUUUUUUUGAAUACUGAAAAAGCUGGAGAGUAUCAUGUUCAUUUCUCCGCUCCCAAGUAUGUGUUUCCUGCCUGUGCCACAUGCCCCUUUCUCAGUCUGAGCAGAGCUACAGGCUUGGUUCUAGAGUUUUUUGGCAUCCCAGCUCUGAUGUGGAGCACAUCUCCAGGUUGGGCUCGUAGCCAAAAAUUUUUAGUGUUCUUUAACAUCAUUUUGUGGCUGAUGAUUCCUAAAUUCUCUUGCAGGGGGAAUGUUUGUGUUUUAUAUAUAACAAAUACUUGCAGCUCUUCCUAGCUGAAGAAGCAGAUGAGGAGGAGCACCCUGCCUUCCUACUGCAGGCUAGUUCUUAUUUGUGGGAGGAAAACAAGGAGACAACCCAGGUGGUUGAAAGGUUGGAAGGGGUGUGGGGAUGGAUAUGGAUCUCUAUAGAAGGGGGAACAAUGCUGAAAAUAGAUCUCUUAGCAUGUGUAGUGCUGGGGGCAUGUGGAGGAAGGGAUGGUCUAAACUACACUUGCCAAGAGAAGAGUGCCAGGGUCUCGAAAUGGCAUGCAUGAUGCAUCUGACAUGCUGAGCCUUGCCCUACUGUUCUUCCCCCUGAAGCAAUAAGCAGCAGCUUCCCAGAAGGAGGGGGGAAAAGCAGGUGACCCAGUUGUCCCCAAAGGAGGUCUUCAUAUGAAAUCCCUCUGUCCUCUUGCCAGUAAAUCCCUACUGGACUGAUUGGCACAAGGGGGUCCCAGUCUUUCUGUCCCCACUUUUAAUUCAGAGACUCAAGCAGCAGGUCCCUUGGGUUCGUUCCUUCUCCACAACCCCAGCAGUGGGCUGAGGGCAAUGGAUGUCCUCUGGAGCUGAACAUUUGGCUUCUCCUUUCUCCCUCCAUAUAUUUUUUUUAAUGAAAUGUAGCCAAACUACUGGCAAAUUCCCAAGGCAUCUCUCCCAGGGUGAGCCUUGGCACACUGUCAGAAUAAAUUGUCCUUUGUCUUGUCAUAAAAACUCUUCCUGUGACUUUUUGCUUAUUCCCUAAGACCACUGGGUUUCCACAUUAGUUGUCCAGCAGAUACCCUUUGGGAGUUUGCAACACUGGUCAGUCUGUAGUGAUGUUAAGCUGGUGUUCUCAAAAUCACAGGGGUGCUGGAAGGAUGGAUGUACAACAAGCUCUUUAGAUGUUGUGGCCAACUUUUUUAGUAGCCUGUCACCCUAAAAGACAUCCUGAUUUCUGCUCAAACAGGAGCAGCUGUGACCAGAAGAUCAGCAUGAGAGAUCAGUGUUCAUCAGAGAGCAGCUCGUCUCAUCCCUGUGUGAUGAAUAACACUUGUUGCCUUUACAGUCUAGGUGUUUUAAUCUGCUAGCACUCAAGCACUAGUUUAUGUCUAAGCAUAAGGAGGAAGACCAGCCAGCCUGUCCUAGGUCAUUUGCAGUGGCUUUUACAAGGAUCUAGCAGUGAGAAUUUUGGGGCAAUUCAAUGUGAGCUGCUUUUAAGGGUAAAACUUUGCUUUCAGCUACUUUGUCUUUAUCGUGAGAGGCAUUGCAGGGCUCAGCCUAGCCACAGUUUUAGCAUGGCAGAAUAAUAGUGUUGACCUCAGCAAAGUGUAGCAGAUCCCAUUUCUCCCAGUCACAUUACAUCACUAGGUUUAGGAGAGCUGCAUGCCUGCCAGGCCAGCCAGUGCUGCAUCACCCCUGCCUGCUCAGGCUGAGGUGGGUGUGGAAGUGGGAGAGGUGAGAAGGAACAUGGUUUCUCCAGAGUUUUCUGUUUGUUACUCUGCUAUAUUUGUUAUCUGGAUUCUUAAGUAACGAGUGCUUUGAAUUUUGUGAUUACGUUACGGUGAUGUGUAGUUAGUGUACUAAUGUUCACUUGAGCUAGGAUCAUGGUAACAGUGUGGUUUGUUUGUUUUUGGUUUGUUGUUUUUUUUUUUUUUAACUGUUCAGAAAAUAACUUAAAUACAAAUACAAAGAU